GACGACGUUGAGACUCCACCGAGAGAAGAAAAGAAGAAAAAAAAGAAGAAAAAACGCAAAGUUAAGGUCAGCUUUCAUAUGUCCAUCUUUCUCGGCAUCUCGGUACCCUUUUGUUCCCCUGUAUUGUUCUCACGAAUAUUUAGAUGAGGGGGCCGAGAUGCAACAAUCUAGCAGACACUAACAAAGACCAUAAGGAGCAUCAUCAUGGCAGUGGCGGCACUUUGAGCAGGGCGGAACAACUACUACAACAUAUGUCACAGCAGUCCUCUUCAGGAGUUGCGGGGGGACACUUUCACCAUCAGCAUCUUUACGGUAGGGGCGGGCAACCUGGAGCUCACGGACAAGGACUACCCGUGCAACAUCAUCAAAAUUAAGGGCUCUCAUGUUGCAUUCUGCACUUGCAUCCUUGGCCUCUUCUAAGAAGAUGAACAUACUACAGAUCAUUCUACUAUAUACUUCAGCAGGUCGGGAGGAAGAUGUUCAACAUGUUCCGCAGAAUGCAAAAAUGCAAAAAUUAUCAGCUCUAAGAAAAAUUGUAUGAUGAAACAGGAAACUUGGAUUUGAGCUCCUUGUCGCAUUUCUUGCAGGCGAAUCCAGCUUUUUUGGCUACAGUGCUAGGAAAAGCUGGCACAGCAGCGGAUCUGGCACAAGGAUCACCCGGCAUGGGACCUAAGCAGGUCGGUUCUUCCAUGAUGCAUAAAGGCGGAAUGCAUAUGACUGCACCUGGAGGCAAAAGUAGCAAUCACAAGGCCGGUUUUAAUCCUUAUUCUCACCAUAAUUAUCAACAUAACUUCUCGCCUGGGUGGAAC